AUGGCUUCGGUCUACAAAAACAACAUCACGUCUCUUAACCAGAGCUUUCAGUAUCAGAAUUCCACUCACAGCUAUACUGUCAAAUGGUGCUCGCUAGGCAACCCUGCCUCCCCACCGCUUAUUUUCAUACACGGAACGCCCUGGUCCUCCAGACUCUGGGUGCCCUUUGCCCUAUCUCUAUCUCGGCAGUUCCACGUUUAUCUUUUUGAUAGGCCUGGCUUCGGAGCUUCUCCCCCUGAACGGAAACUACCCGGUACAAGUACCAGCUCUAAUAAAGUCGAAGAGCUCGAUGCGGAUCUUGCCCGACAAUCUGAGGUCUAUGCUGCGCUUUUUAAGUCGUGGGAAAAAGAGUGGCGCAAUCAGAAGGCCCACAUUGUAGCUCACGAUAAUGCUGGCUUGGUCAGCUUACGAGCGAACCUGCUCCAUGACUGCCAAUACGCAAGCCUCUGUCUCAUUGAUGUGGUUGCCAUUGGACCGUUUGGUCAAUCACUUUUCGAGGUUGUCGCAAAUGACCCUCAUCACUUUCAGCAACUCCCUGACAUGGCGUUCGAGGGCAUAUUGGAGAGCUACAUCCGCAAUGCUGCAUUUUAUGAGAUAUCAAAGGAGAUAAUGCAGGCCUUGAAAUCCCCUUGGAUGAGAGAGGGUGGGAAAGCCGGCUUUAUCCGAGAGCUAUGCCAAGCUAAUUCAAGAUCCACGGAAGCAGUUGAAGGACGAUAUGGAGAAAUCGGACGCAACAUGCCAAUCAAGAUUAUUUGGGGUGCGGAGGAUAAGUGGAUUCCGGUAAAAAGUGCUUGGAGACUAGGAGACGCACUAGAGGCCAAGGAGGUUGCGGUCAUUGAAAAAGCAGGCCAUCUCAGUAUGCUUGACCAACCAGGACAGUUUGGAGUUGAGUUGGGAAGAUGGCUAAGUGCCUUUGAGCUACGUUGA